CUUCGCUUGGUUUGGGGAAACCAGCAGCUGGAGCUGGGACAGACGCGACCCGUGACCUGCGGAUAUUCACCUUUUCGUGUUUCUACUGUGCCGUGGAGCUGUUAACACGCGAGUUCAAGUCACCGGAGACCAAUGCACGCGCUGCUUCUUCAUGUCAAGCGAGGAUAAAGUUUACGAGCGUCACUAACGUCAUGUCACUGAGGAGUUAGCUUGGAUGCUAAGCUAGUAGUGCCACCACUGAGGGACAGUUCUACUUCUCCAGUGACAAACAGCCAUGUCUUCAUGGAUGUAUGAAGCGGGAGAAUGAGUGUGCGCCCGCGAUGGAGCAGAUGCCACCACCUUCCACCAGAGUCUGUCCUGCUCCACACCACGAUUAGCUGACCAUCAACUGCUGGAGACGACGGGGAAGCCUUGCAGGGAUUCUGUGUGAGAAACUUCUGCUCUCGGCUUGAAUAGUGAGUCUGAACCAGCUCGUCGUCCUCUACACCAUGGCUGCUGUUAGUGUGGUCAACGUGCAGUCCCGUCUCGGAGAGGGCGCACUGGCAGGUCCAGCAGGAGCAGGGCUGUCCGCCGUGUCCUUCACAAACACCUCGGUUUCCUCCAGCCCGACGCCAGGCACCGAUGCUCGCGGGUGCGAGAACGGCGCCCUGAUGGACUCCUUUGGGAUCUUCCUGCAGGGACUUCUUGCUAUGAUGGCUUUCAGCACGCUGAUGUUGAAACGCUUCAGGGAACCAAAACAUGAAAGGAGACCCUGGAGGAUCUGGUUCCUGGAUACCUCAAAACAGGCCAUAGGAAUGUUGUUCAUCCACUUUGCUAAUGUCUACUUGUCAGGCCUCACAGAGGAGGACCCCUGUUCACUAUACCUCAUUAACUUCCUGUUAGACGCCUCUCUGGGCAUGUUGCUGAUCUAUGCCGGAGUGAGAGCGGUCAGUGCUAUUGUAGAGUGGAGACAGUGGGACUCCCUGCGCUUUGGAGAAUACGGCGAGCCAGUGCAAUGCACAGCAUGGCUGGGCCAGUGUAUCCUCUACAUCCUCAUCAUGAUGUUUGAGAAAGUCCUCAUCAUGCUGGUUCUGCUCAUUCCCCAGUGGAAAAAGUUGGCUCUCCUCAACCCCAUAGAGAAUCCUGACCUGGAGCUGGCCAUUGUCAUGCUCAUCGUUCCAUUCUUUGUUAACGCCCUAAUGUUCUGGGUGGUAGAUAACUUCCUCAUGAAGAAGCACAGGACAAAAGCAAAGCUGGAGGAGAGAGAGGAGGACCCGCGGGGGAACAGCAAAGUGCGCUACAGAAGAGCUCUGUCCCACGACGAUUCAGAGUCGGAGAUCCUCUUCUCAGCAGACGAUGAAAUGGACGAGUCCGAUGAAGACGAUGUUCGACGGUUGACUGGUCUUAAGAUGGUAAAGAAGAAGAAGCUGCGCAUGGGGAUCCCGGUUUGACCCGAGCAGACCUUGACUUCACCACACUGAUCCACAUACAUUCCCCACCCUGUACCACCACAGAUCCUGACUUCAGCCUCUUUUCAAACAUGAAAUACUCACUGAUGGACGGCAGAAGAUGGAUGCUGUUGUUGAAUUCUCUUCUCCUGCAAAAAAAAAUGUCUAACCUGGGAUGUGAUUUGACACUGGGGGAGACAUUCUUUUGGGUUUUAAAUUUCACUCCUGUUGACUGUGACUGUCUUGGGGGGGGGGGGGGGGGGGGGGGACAUUUGGUACAAGGAACUUUACCACGAACAAACACAAUAAUGUUAACUCCUAAAUGUGAUUGAAGUGAGAACACUGGUUUAAGACUGUUUGGACGUCAGUGGCAGGAAGUGCAUUUUCACGCUCACUGGUCCAGGAUCGUGUUUGUUUGGACAAAUCUCUAAACGGUCACCUUUGAACCAAACAUGCAAACACAUUUGUUCGGCGGUCGUUACAUUUGAUCCUUUCACUUGUUGUCUAAACUGAUUGUAGUCCUGGUGUAGAUUCCAUGUUAAGUGUGUGCUUUUAGCCCCCGUUCAGACCCGGAACGAAAUGAUGUUUUUAAUCAUUCAAACACGACGGAGCAGUCUGGUUUUAACGUCCUGAGCUCUACACACGCUGCUCUACCAUUAAACAGCAUUUACCGGUUGCUACAAAUACUGGGGGGGUGGGGCUCAGUCAAGUGAGAAAUGGUCUAACUGCAAUGAUAUCAUGAUUUAGCAAUAAUGCCAUUUGUGAUGAUACUUCACAUACUUUCAAAAAAAGUGUGUCUUUUGAUACGAAACAAGGUAUAGUUCACAAUAAAAGCCACACAUUUAGGAUGCAAAGAGAAUCUGUAAAUAUCCAAAAGCAACCCUUUAAGUGGCGGGCCGCAUGAAAUCAAUAGAGGGACCACGUGUGGCCCACAGACCGUGAGUUUGAAAUCUCUAAAAACUAAUACAUGAGGACCGGUUAGUGUAAAAACAGCGACACUAGAGCGGGUCAGAGGAUGUCAGCUGAAUCUGAGGACACACUCAGGAUGGAUCAUAACCCCGGGUCUGAACAGGGUUUUGUUGCCAUACAAACGUGUGUGUGUGUGUGUGUGUGUGCAUGUUUAUGUUUGUACUUCCAUCUUGGUUAGACAUAAAGUAAGAGGCUAGAAUAUUUCCGAUUUCUACUGCUUAUCCUUUGAAGGUUGCAGGAAAUUCCAGCUGGCGUUGGUCGAGAGGCAGCGUGGAACAUCCAGACUCCUCCUCAUAAAAAGGUCAGGGAUACAAAGCUGGUGAAUCUUCUUGUUGUCAAUCUUCUGCGCUGUCAUGGGUCAAAAAGGCUUCUUGUCAAUGUUUUCUUCCCCCCCCAACAAAGGUGGAAGUACAUGCCUCACAUGUCCUUGUCCUUCUGUCCUUGUAGGGACCAGGUUCACCAUCAAGGACACUUAAUGAAAGAAGGACAUUUUUAAGGGUUCUGUACGAGGUAAAACGCAGCACUCUGAAGGGAGGGGUUUGCGGGGGAACAAGUUUGUGAGAACCACUUUACAAAGAUCCUCAAAAAAACCUGGAUCAGAUCUCAUUUAACUAAUCCAGGGUUUUAGCAGUGGAUUUAGAAUUAGGAAUAUUUUGCAGGGCCUCACCCAAGUUUAAAUAAAGGAUGAUGGUAAGGGUAGGCUAGAAAAUACCUUUGUCAAUGAUUCUCCUCACAAAGAUAGGAAUACAAGUACGUGUGUGUCGGUACGUGUGCCCCCCCCCCCCAACAAAGUCAAAAAUAUUCUUUGUGUAUUAACAUUUAACUUUAAAAUUGUGUAAUUGUCUUAAGCCGCCUACAAAGUAAAAAAAACAUAUUCUUGGGCCCUCGUUACAUACUUGGAAUAAUUUGGACCAUAGAUGGUUUGAGCAGUUAGACAUUUUCAGUGAAUGUCCUCACAAAGAUAGAAAUACAAUUACAUGUGUGGACAACUUGUACUUGUUCUUACACCUUUGUCAGGGUCAGUUCCAAUAUUGAGGACAUUUUAGGAAAAUAAAAACAGUUUUUACAACUUAAGACAUCAUAAAAGUAGCGGUUUUCAAGCUUUGUCCUCAUCCCCAAAAAAUGUUCUUGUAUAUCCCUUGGGAAAAUCCUUGACUAAUUUAGAUUUUAUCUCAAACAGCUUGUAAAGUCCAUUGAAUGUCAAAGUACGUAUGUAUGUGUGUGUGCGUGUGCGUGCAUGUGAUCGGACACACCUCACACUCAGUGGGAGCAUCAUUACAUCAGUGUUUGAAUCAGCCUGUUGAUGUGACUCGGCCAUGUUUGAGCACAGCUAACACUUAACUACUGUAAACCUUGUGUGUGUGUGUGUUACUCAUGUCAAAGGGAGCACAUUAACAAACGCUUGCUGCAAACUUCCAUUUUUGUCGUCUGUGGACACAACACGGCCCUUUGGUUUGACCGUUACUCUAACUGUGUGUGUGUCCUUUGUUUCUUUUUUUUAUUUUAUUGUAUAUCAUUUGUUGGGUUUUUAUAUAAACUGUUUUGUGGUAUUUUUCAGGCCAAAAAAAAAAAGGGUGACUAUGCUUGUUCCAAAAGUGUUCUUCAUUCCUUCACUCUGAAUAGGGAGUAGAUAUGGGAACCAUUUCUUGCACAAUUUCCCAUUUAGCUUUCACCUUUCCUCUUGUGUUUUGUGUGUUUAGUUAAAGUAAUGUGCCUGAGUAAAAUUACCAGCAGGUUUUUUUAUUUGUUUUUGUUUUUUUGGAACUGUUUUAUCCAGAGAGCUGGAGAACUGGGCGUCAGGCAGCAUUCAGCACGCUCUGAUGUGAAGAAUGUGACAUGCAUAGACCUCUAAACUGUUAAGUUACUGUCGAACAAGACAGAAAAGUGCGUCUGUGUGUACUUGUGUGUUUGUACUGGAUGUGUGUGUGUGUGUGUGUGUGUGUGUGGGUUGAUGCGACUGUUGGUUCUCUUUAACGGAAAGUCGACUGUGACUGUGGUGGCGCUGGUGAUGAUGUCACCAUUAUGUUAUUGGCAUGUUGCUGAGGAAUAAAUGAGCAUUUUACUAAGUGAAACCCGUGGAGUAAGAGGGCAAGCGACGGAGGUAAAUUACCAUUAAAACUGCUUUUUCCAAUAAAGGAUGUGAUAUACCAUGUUAA